AUUUUGUGGCCCAGCUGAGGUUUGUAGUGCUUCUUGUGAUCGUGCGUCAACCCUUCUCGUGUCGCAUCUGUUGCAUUUGUUGCAUCCAUGGCGUACCCAGUGGAACCCGCUGUGGUGCCAAUGUCGCAAACGUCGCAACCGGUGAUGAUGGAUGCGGGCAUGCCUGCGACCUAUGUGACCAGUUCUCCAUACAUGCCAUAUGACCCCUAUGGAGGAGCCUACAGUAUGUCACCCUACAUGCCUGCCAUGCCUGCUGCCAUGCCCAUGAGCGGCCUGGACCACUCCCAGGGCAAGUGGUUUGCACCGGGCGAGGCUCUCCCACCUGGUUUUGUCGUUUGUGCCCACCCGGAGGGCCAUAUGGCACCCCAGGAAGGGCAUGCCAUGACGGACAUGGCCCGUGAGAGCUUUGUGAUCCCUGCCAGCACUGCUGCUGCAGCGGUGAAGACAGGCUCCAAGGCUAAGAAGAGCAAGAAGAAGAAGAAGAGCUCUGGCUGCUGCGGCUAGAGUGGCUUGACACCUCCUUUGGGACAUUGUCUUGAUAUGUGAAAUUCAGCUGAGAUGGCAAAUGACUUGUCGCACAGUGCAAGAGGCCUCUGCGAAACGAUCUCACUUUCGAUUGCUUGAGAUGGCCUGGAUGCGAAAAAUGGAGCCGGGCUAGGAUCUGGGCUAGGAUCUGUCUUGGGCAUGGCCUUGCAGAAAGCAGAUCUUCGUGCUACCCCCAUUCCAGAGUAUCCCACUUUAUGAGCUUAUGCAAUCGUAUGCAAUUCAAGGGCACCGAGCAUCAGUCUUAAGUCUUGAGGGCCUCUGCUUCCAUGAUCUGCCAUGAACUAGCCAAUUGUACUUGUAGAGUUCUGUAGUGCCUAGACUAGUGACUAGACUAGUGACUUAAGUGAGCAUCUUGACAGAUUGGGGACUCCUCUAGAUCAUUCCAAAUCCACGAUUUGAUGAUCUGCUGAGCACGGAAACAUAUGGAAACUAUGGAUUUUGUGGCCCAGCUGAGGUUUGUAGUGCUUCUUGUGAUCGUGCGUCAACCCUUCUCGUGUCACAUCUGUUGCAUUUGUUGCAUCCAUGGCGUACCCAGCGGAACCCGCUGUGGUGCCAAUGU